AUGAUGAUACUUUACAGAAUGAGGAAGGCGCACUUCAGCGUGGACGUUAAUGUAUCCAACUUGCUCAGAAAAAAAGCAAUCCUGUUCGAAAAUGUCAAAAGGGAAAAUUGCAAAAAAGAAUUAAUAAUGGAUUAUUUCCACAUAAAAGGAGUAAAAUUGAAAAAAAAUGACAUCCACAUUAUGACCAACAUUUUGUGUAGACCGACGGGGAGGAUAAUGAUUUUGACGGACAAUAUGAAAAAGCAGAAUUUUAACUUCGACUUUGGGUCCCUCCAAGGGGGGAAAGAAGACUUACCAUUGGAUGAAAGAAGAGUGAGCAAAGAAUCUGGUGAAGAUUCGGGUGACUCCCCGAACAGUAACAACUCCAAUAGUGCUAACGAAGUGGAGGGUGCCCUCAGGUGUGAUAUCCAGGGGGACGGCAACUCGAGUGUCCAGCUGAGAGGACACAACCAAGUGAACGCUGACCGAGCGAACGGCGCAACGGAAGAAGAAGUGGAUGAAGAAUAUCGCUAUACCAACGUGUGGAAUAAGAAUUUAAAAAAUUUAUUCAAGGAGUGCAAAAUUCACCUAUGUGACGAUUUUGAAAUAGAAAAAUUUGUGGAAGAGUGUGAACGCUUUUUGCGAUUUACGGAAGAUAUCAAAAGAGUGGCAAAGUUUGAAAAUUUGGACAAAAUAAUUACCAUCAUAAAUAUUCCCAAUUGUUAUGGAAGAAAAGAAUUGGCACAAAUUAUUUACGACUGUGCUAGGAUUAAGGUAAAAUUGAAAAACAUCAUUUUCAGGUUUAAGAAAAAUGGCAUACAAUCGGACUGUGCCUAUGUCCUGUGCGAUAGUGUAAAUGAUGGAAAUAUUUUAGUUAACAAAAUGCAGGAAUAUCCCGUUGCUAAAAAAUAUCAUUUACGAGAAUUUUUUGGAACGUCUUUUUUGUAUGCUUCCAAAAGUAACCUUUUUCUCAGCUCUGAAAAACUUGAUUACGUCACCAUUUUUUCAAAGUAUAAAAUAUUCACCUGCGGAUGGCACAAGGACAUUUCCAUAAAGGAGUUUGAGAGCUUUCUCAUCACCCUUAAAAUAUUUCCCAAAAAGAUUAUAAAAAUUGACUAUCGGAUAAGGGGCGCCACCACGGCAAACCAGCAGGAGCACUCCGCAGCGAACUCUGCACACCAACCGAUGGACCAACCGAUGAACGAAUCGGUGGACCAAUCGGAAGACCACACAGACUGCAAGUACCAACUCAGCCCCGUGGAUCCUCAUCACAUUUUAAUAAGCAUCGACGAGGUGGACUCGGACGCUGUUGCUUCAGACCGCAGUAACGACCCGCAAGACGCCAACACAGCUUCGUUUAUUUUAUUUUUUGAAAACAUGCGAAUGACAAAAAAGGUUUUCACAAAACUGGAGAGACUGAAAAAGAAAUGGAAAAUAUCGGCAUCCAAAAACUUCUACGCAUACCCGAAGACGCCGGAUAUCCACUUCAACGAUGACGAAGAGUAUGACGACGAAAACGAGUAUGAGGACUCCGAUUUGGAUGAAGAAAUAGAAUAUUAA